AUGCAGCUGGUGGGGGCUGUGCGUCUCGUUCCCAGCGGGAAAGUCUACAAACAGCUCUUUGAGGAUGAGGUUCGCUUAGUACGCUCUUUGGAUGAAGUAAGGAAAAAGACUAGGUUUUCUCCAAAGCGUGAAAGGCUCGCUGUGGUUAGGGAUUCAAAAAUUUCUACUGAUGCCAGGCUACUACCAUGUUACCAGCAGCAGAAGUGCGUUGAAAGAACGCCCUACAAUGACUCUGCAGAAAAGCCACCGUCAUACAGAGAAGCUACAACAUUUCCAAAGGCUUGGAAAAGUGUAGAUGUAACUGCAGCUGAGGAAGUCGGAUCCCUACCUGAUUUUGUUGUUCCUGAGGAAACGAGGAGUAAUAUCUUGGAACGCCUGUCAGAACACCGGCGAGGCCGACAUGAUGUAGCACUAACCUCAAUGUAUCAUGAGCUUGCCUGCAUUGCCAGGGAGAUGGAACCCUUUGUUUUGGAGCCUGGAAAAUUCCUUCUGACAAAACUGAUGGAAUCUGAUAGAAAAAUUGAACUUCUGUUUAAAAAGAUGGAGUUUGACAUUAGCCUGGAAGGUUUCUCGAUUGAAGGUUUGGAAGAACAGUGGAACAUCAUCCAUCAGGAAUCCUUGACCAGAAGGAAGUGGAUUAGGGAAAUGGAUGAAUCCUUAAAAAAGGUUGAAUGGACUCGAGCUGAUAAAAUAACAGAUGUACUGAGGAAGUAUACUGUGAUACUGGAGGAAAUUUCCUUCUUCUUGUCAGCUGAUGUUUACAGGCUCAUAAAUGAUGAGGCCAUGAUGAUUAACAGAGCGCUGUUGGCUAAUCAGAGGGCAAUUGCCAAGCUGUUCUUUAAUCUAAUGAAAUCAGAGAUGAAGAGGGAAUUAUCACAUCGAUUGAAAUGGCAAGAUAAACUCAAGGAUUGGAAGCUCAUCCAAAAGAACUAUGUAGUUCACGGUUUCAGAGAAUUUAUGGCAAAUGAAGAAAUACAGAAUCCCCCAACUGUGAAAACAGAAAUGGAAAAUAUGAUAACGGAUCAGAUUUUACUUAGUGAAAGGAGACUGGAGUUUUUGCAGCAGCUUGGUGAUUUGUUGCCUCCAACACACACGAAAGCUGAGCUAAAUGAAUGGUACAGUUCUUUGGUGAAUUUAAACAAAAGUAUAGAUACCCACAAUGUGCAGUGUAUGAUGAAAAUUCGCAUGCAGUAUGAGAUGGUCCAGGAAAAAUGUUUGGCAGAAGUGCAGUUACGCAAGAAUAACAUGUUGAAUUUGAAUGUUUGCUCAAAAAAAGAGGCUGAAGACAUUGUGAAUUCUGAGUUACUUCAGUUGACUGAGAAACUACAAAGUCAGUUUGAAGAAGAACUGGAGCCUAUGGAUAGAGACUUCAAGGAGCUGGCUAAACAGAAUGAGCGGAAUUGUAGAGACUUGUACAGCUAUUUUCAGGAGGCCAUGGGUCUCUGGGAUGUCCAUCAACUCAAACUGUCCCAGCAGGAAGGUGAACUUCAGAAGAAUUUAGAUGAAUGCAGAUCAAAACAGGAUAACUUAAUACAGAUUAUGGAGGCUAAUCUGGAUGUAAUUUUGGAUAAAAUGAGAACAGCGAGCUCUGAAGAAAAGCUGAAGAAAUAUUUGGAGAAGGCCCUUUCUUCUUUAAAUGGCAUUAGAGCUAGGUAUGAGACAUUCAACCAAGUUCUAAUGGAUCAAGUAAUGGCUUACCCAGAAGCUAUUUUGCGGGAAUUGAUUUCUUACAGUAUAUCCAUCAGCCAAUAUUUUAAUGUAAAGGAAAUCUUCAAACAGAACUUGCAGGGAAAGAUAGACUCUGCAUUUCAAGAUCAAGAACUAGUUAAGGCUUCAGAAGCUGAAUGUUUGGUGGAGCAGCAAGCUGAGACCAUUGUACAAGAAAAUGAAGGAAAGCAAAAGAUGGACAGUUGUCAACGAGAAAAUGAAGAAACAAACACAGCUGAGAACAAGGAGAUCUUUGCACAGGAAACUGAAGAAACAGAGGAAAAAGAAGAUGGGGAGAGUAUUCCUCAUGAAAGUGAAGAAACUGAGCAUGCACAACAGGGAUUGAGCUUUACACAGGCUAUGUUCAACAGCAGCAAGACAGAAAGCUCUGAAAUUGCCAUUGAGACCUUUUCCACUUCUAGUGGAAACUCUUACACUGUUCUUGGAGUUGAAGAGGCAGGAAAGACUGACAUCCCAGAGACUUACUUUACAAAAUAUGAAAAAAAAGAAUCACUUCCUAUGUACCUGGAAUGUGUACUUAUCAAAGAAACUGUGUUUGUAGAGCUGAAGAAACGGAUUCGCCUCUGCUUUUUUGAACACUUGGAGAAAUGGUUUGCAGAGUCCUUGUCCAACUCCUGUGCAUUUGUAGCUGCCAAGAAAGAGGAGCUGAAUUCAGAACUCCAGCUGCGUCUUCACUUGCAUCAACAAAGGCAGGAGAAUAUAGAGACAAAUAUCUACAAUGUUAGAGCUGCGGAGCUGUUGCUUCACAAAGAGCGUCUAGAAUGCCACUGUGCAGGUGUGGUGGAAGCUCUGAAGAAGGAGAGAGCUGAAUUUCUCAAAUUUUGUGAUCAGCAAAGUAACAUGAGCAAAAACUUACAUUCACAAAUCCGUGACAUAGAAUCUGUCUUCCUCAGUGCUCCUAUGACUGAGAAGUUAAUUUCUUUCAGCAACAGUCUGCACUCAGAGCUACAUAAUCAUAUGGAAGUGAUCCAGGUUUCCCUGAGGAGUUACCGGAACUAUUUGGAGGAAGCUUUAGGAAAAUUAAGGGAUUCAAAUGCAGAUUUUCUCAAAGCUUGCAGAUUAUUUUUGGAGGGAGGUAACUUUUCUCCUGAGGAGGUAAAGUCUUUCAGCAAGCGUCUUCGGGAAGAAAGUAAGCGUAUUGACUCUUUUGAAAAUUUAAUCAAGAAAGAUAUGGAGAAAACAGAAUCAAGCUGCUUGGAAAAGGCUACUGAACUUAUCAAUCGGUCUGAAACAAAGUUCCGUCAUCUCUUUAUGAAUCGAGUCUUUAUGGAGAAGAUCCAACGAUUUUUGACAAAUCUACAAGUGCAAAUCAAAUCAGAGGUAGCAAAUUCCAAUUCACAGGCAGUGACGUUAAACUCUUAUCUGGAGAAGCUCCGUCAGAAGAUAGAUGUUUGUUCUCAUCCUACAGCAGAUAAAGAAGCUUUGGCUUCUGAAGAGUUGUAUGAUUUUGCCAAAGUAGUGUUGAAAGAACUGAAAAAGAGGAGCCAGUAUCUUGACUGCUUGCUAGUAAAAGCAAUGAGCCCACAUGAUACAUUUCAGGAGGACUUUACCCGUCUUGCAACGGAUGUUACAUUACAAGGUCCAAUCGCCGUUGCCAUUCGAACAGAGCGUGUCAGAGAUGAGAACAAAGUGAUGGUGAUGGGGAUGGAUCCUGACAAAUUUCCUUUGUUAAGUCCAAGCAGAAUGGGGAAGUCUGCAAUUGAUGACUUAUCAAUAAGCGUUAUCAAAAAUUUACUUGAAAUUCAGCCAUCCAGAAAAUGUUCAGGCCUAAAUCAGGAGAGAAAUGAUCACUCACCUUCAUUAGAACCAGCAAUUCUUCCCACAUCAAAGAAGAAUGCUCACCUAAAUGUAUCUGAUGAAGGUCCUCAGAACUCUGCUACUUACAGCUAUGCAGCUCGGACCACCAAGAAGUCAUCUUUUAACAAAAAGAUGCCAAGAGGAAGGAGACAGAAAUACACCACACCAGUUCUUAGUGACAAGAGAUUCCAGAUAUUUGGAGAGAAGCCUCCAGAAUCUGAUACUUUUAAGGGGAUUAUUAUGAAUAUUCUCUGGACGGGUAGUAACAGCUUGCUAUGCCUUGCUGAGGAGUUCUACCAGAAAGAGAAACCUCAAAUCACAAUGCCUGAAGAUCUGCCAGAGACAUUUGAACAUUGUGCAGAAGCGCUCAAACAGAAUCUAUUGUCAUACCAAAGUCAGACAGAUGUUUACUACAAUUCCUGUCUUAGAGAAUUUCAGGAUCAGUUGGAGUUGUUUGAGAAGGUGCUCCCUUAUGUCUCCCAGUUGGCAGUUGAUAGUCUUUUAAAAGAGCACGAGCAGAAGCUCAGCUAUUCCACUGGACAGAUUCGGCACCUCUUCAAUAAACAGCUGGAAGACUGGGAGAACGUGAAGGCUAUGCACAAGAAUCAGUUACAUCCCUCUGUGGGGCACCCAGACAACUUACUUCAGCUGGAUGCUUUGUGCCAAGAGGAAAUAAAAAGGCAAAAAGACCAAGCUGAUGGUAUUCAUCUCAACACACAGAUGCUGCAGGACUGUGCUGUUGAGUGUGCUCAGAACUUUGUUUCCGCACUAGCUGCCUUCACUGAAAAGCUGCUUCUGGAAUUAGAUGAAAGUAUCACUAUUGAUGAUAUACAAGUACCAAAAACUGAAAUACCAAGAGAGAAGACAUCCACUUUAAUCCGUCGUAAACAAGCUGGACUUCCUCUAGAAAUCUGUGAAGUUAAACAGUUAAUUGAGCGUGGGAGCAGGACUUGGCCAGGAAUACCAAUUACUACUCUUACAGAUAAUUCAGACUAUAUUCUUUGCAGAGAAACUGCAUCAGUUACAACAGCUAAGACUACACUGGGCCAUGUAGCAGUGGUAGAAGCAAGAGAUGCUGUAUAUAAGAAAUACAAAUGUAAACUUGAGCAGCAGUUUGCCCAGAUCAAGGAAGAAAGUACAGCUCAGCUGCUGACAAUUCAGCGUUGGGAAGAUUGGUGGAAACGAUCCAUCCAGAAGAUUAAGCAACUCUAUACAUGA